AUGCAAAUGUUACUCCAGAACGAUGGACACGACCCAGUAGAUGUCGACAGCAAACCUGAGCAACUGUUCAGGGAAGAUGCGGCCGACAAUGAUCAAUAUGCUCCCGAAUAUCUGUCAUGGUCACUAUUCACCACUAUCAAGCAAUUCUGGCGAGCAAUGCUCUAUUGUUUUAUUGUAUCAUUAGGUGCGAUGUACGAUGGGUUUGCGGUCUCUGUUCCCGGAAGUAUUAUUGCACAUCCUGCUUUCAUCAAGCAAUUUGGAUCAGUCAUCUCGGCUGCUGGUGUCCUGGAACUUGAUGCCCUUCAUGUCUCCGCUUGGAGUGCCUGCCAAAACGGUGGCCAAAUUUUCGGAAUGCUUUCAGGACCGUCAUUCAGUGAUUGGUUCGGCAGAAAAGCUGCGAUGUGGGGGUUGGCUAUUCUAUUGAUCAUUGGUACUGUUCUUGAGAUCGUCGCGAAGGAUUGGCGUGUCUACGCUGUAGGCAAAUUCCUGAUAGGAAUGGGCACCGGUAUGGUUCAAAGUGGUCUUACUGUAUAUAUUGCUGAAGUGGCACCGGUCCGAUCAAGAGGAGCUGUUUUGUCGUUCUACAGUCUCGCAUUUGCUUUGGGUCAACUUGCUUCUGCAGUUGGGUUACAAAUCAUAGCAACAAAGAGUCAAUAUCGAAACAUCUUCUACUCAGAGUUUAUCUUCUUGGCACUAUUUAUCCCUGCCCUAGUGUUCGCUCCAGAAUCUCCCAGUUGGUGUAUCCGGAAGGGCCAAACAGAUCGAGCGAAGAAAUCUAUUCGUCUUCUUUACGGAAACGUUCCAAGUCUAGACGUGGAAAAAGAGUAUAACAUGCUAAAGUUGACCGUGGACGAAGAAAGCAAAGGCAAGAGCGACAAAGUCUGGAGGGAAUACCUCGAAUGUUUCCAAGGAUCAGACUUAAGAAGAACAUGGGUAUCUUUCUUGCCUUUGGCAUAUCAACAGUUUGUCGGUAUUGCAUUAUUCUUCGGUUAUACUUCGUAUUUCUUUCAACUCGCUGGUUAUCCCCGACCGUUCGAGGCAAGCUUGAUUCAAUCUUGCAUCCUUUUACUAUUCCUCCUCAUCUCGUUCUUCGUCAUCGACAAGAUCGGACGACGACCCCUGGUAUUGGUGGGAGGAGCGAUUAUGUGUAUUUGCUCAUAUUCUGUGGGAGGUAUCGGAUUCAUGGCGACACUCCCAGGUACAGCUCUUGUCAGUCUUACUUGUGUUUGGACAGCUGCAUAUGCCCUUUCCGUCGGAUGUGUGGGCUGGGCAUACGUCGCAGAAACCUCAAGUCCUCGAUUAAGAGCCAAAACCACUGGAAUGGCAGCCGCGGGAACUGCUGCGUUUGGCUUGAUCUUCCAAUACUGUGUGCCACUCAUGUUGAGUCCUCAAAAGGCCAACUGGGGAUUGAAGAUUGGAUUGUUUUUCGGGUCGGUAUCCAUCUUUGGCUGGAUCGUGGUUUACUUCUUUGUUCCAGAGACAAAAGGCAGAACAUACCCCGAACUUGACGAGCUCUUCGAGAAGAAAAUCCCAUCUCGACAAUUCGCUUCUUAUGUCACCGAAGUGCAAUCUGCCGCCUCUGCUCGAGCGACGAAUCGCACUGAGUGA